AUGUCUGACAAGUGUGAAAUUGGACCAUGGGGGCUAAUUGAUCCAACAAUUAUUUUGUGCCAAGCUUUGGGUGAUGAUGUGAUUAUUUACAUACCUUUCUGUUCUGCUGAUUCUUAUAUCGCUUGGGUUUUCAAAUUGUUAGGAGGUAUGUAUUCUGGGAAAAGGCACGACUCUUCAUCUGUCAAGCACUUACAUUUCACUCAAUGGGAUCCCGGAGGGUGGUCUCCUGAGCAGAAUAUUGGUCAUGAUGUUGAACGUCAAGGUGGUGAGGGUGCAGCGAAUCAAGGUGCAAAUCAAGAAAAUCUGCAAAAAUGGUUGCCAAUUAGUGCAUCUAGAAAAGCAAAAUGGUGGUAUUCAACUUUUCAUAAUGUGACUGCUAUGGUUGGUGCUGGUGUCCUAGGGUUACCAUUUGCUUUAUCCCAGCUUGGAUGGAUUCCAGGGAUUUCAGUGAUUUUAGUGUCAUGGCUUGUGACAUUUUACUCACUGUGGCAACUAGUGCAAAUGCAUGAAUUGGUUCCAGGGAAGAGAUUUGAUAGAUACUUUGAUUUAGGAGAACAUGUAUUUCAAGGCAAAGUUGGAUUCUGGGUUAUAAUGAUACAACAAUUGAUUGUUCAGGUUGCUUCAACCAUUGUGUAUUCAGUCACUGGUGGAAAAUCACUUAAGAAGUUCUGUGAAAUAAUGACUCCAAUAAUGCCAAUGUUUGAUGAAAUUAGACAAACAUAUUAUAUCUGCUUCUUUGUUUGUAUACAGUUACUCCUUUCACAAAUUCCUAACUUCAAUACUUUAAAAGGAAUCUCGCUGCUCGCGGCAUUCAUGUCUGUUUGUUAUUCGAUGGUGGCAUUUGGGUCGUCACUUGCGAAGGGAAUUGAACAUCAUCCAACUCACUAUGGUGUUCGAUCGCACACUACUCCUGGGAAGACUUUCGAUGUAUUUAAUGCACUUGGAACAAUAGCGUUUGCCUUUGCCGGACAUAGUGUGGUUCUAGAGAUUCAAGCUACAUUACCCUCUUCAGAAGAAAAACCUUCCAAAGUACCAAUGUGGAGAGGUGUUGUUGUUGCAUACACCAUUGUUAUUCUUUGCUAUCUCACCGUUGCUGUAUCCGGUUUUUGGGCAUUUGGAGAUUUGGUAGAAGAUGAUGUACUCGUCUCACUCGAACGUCCUCCAUGGGUUAUCGCUAUUGCUAACUUGAUGGUUUUCUUUCAUGUUAUUGGAAGCUAUCAGGUUUUCGCAAUGCCAGUUUUUGAUACACUCGAGUCUUGUUUAGUGCAAAAGUUUCAUUUCGAUCCCUCAAGGACUCUUCGUGUCGUUGCUCGAAGCAUAUAUGUCGUUCUAGUUGGAUUGGUUGCUGUAAGCUUCCCAUUUUUUGGAGGCUUGUUAGGGUUUUUUGGAGGACUAGCAUUUGCAGCAACAUCAUAUAUUAUACCUUGUGCCUUAUGGCUUAAGGCCAAAAAACCAAAAAUAUGCAGCUUUCAUUGGAUUGCAUCAGUGUUUUGUAUCAUUCUUGGAGUUAUAAUAGCAGUUCUUGCACCUAUUGGAGGAAUACGAACAAUUGUUGUUUCGAUAAAAACUUACAAGUUUUACUCAUGA